AUGCUGAAUGCUCCUGUAGCACUUAGCUCCAGAUACAGUUAUCACACCAUUUUUACAGACAUAUGCAAAACACGGUUCAACCACCUGGCGACACGACUUUUGUUGAUAACGACCCUGUCGGAGGCUUUGGUACUUACUAUACUUUCUCGAGGAUAUAGUUCUAGCUUUGAACUACUUAUAAUAUUUCCAUUGCGAUUAUCAUUAUUGUAUUUGGCGAACCUUUCCAUUAUCAUUUGUAGGAAGAACUACCUGCAUGUGCAAUACAGGGGUUAUGCCAACCUAGUGAAAAGUACGAUAGCUCAAUUAUUUUGUCUACGUUUCGUGAUCUAUGAAUUGAUUCACUGUUUCUGUAGUCUUUGCAUCUCAGUUACUUUCAGUGACUUUUUUGGGUUUUCUGGAUUCACAAGUCCAUGCCAUGAGUUUAUGAAAUGCUAUAGAGUGCUCAUAUGCAUAAUGAUUCCAACACUCUAUACUCUUCAGCACUGUAUUUUUGACUUGGAUAGACUAUCUUUCAGUUUUGAAACCCACUUCAAUCCUCCACAGCAGUAUAUUUCUUCGUCCUUGAAAAGGAUUUUCACAAAAUCUGGAAUUAUGACUGUUUUGUUAACUGUUUGCUCCCCAUUUGUCUUUUUCUCUGUAUCAUCGGAGUGGGCUAUUGGAUUCAAGGACUAUUUGAAGUUGACUGUUCUUACUUUUUGCAUCUUUUUUAACAUAGAAUAUGUCAACGUUGCUUUCAGUGCUCAUAUGUCAAUUGGUUGUCUUCACAAAGGAAAACCCAUUUCCUCUUUGUCGUCAACACCCAUGGAAUCAUUAAUAACAGGUUUGAGCUCAAAUCGACUUUUCACCAAGCUGACUGCCUUUCAAGAGUUAUCCUACAGAGCCACAUCUACAGAUUUAUCACUAAGAUUACCUAUUUAUCAUACCCGUUACAGAAAUAGCCACGUAUGGCCAGAGAUUUUGAAAGAGUGUUUGAUGACUAUGCAAGAGACUAAUGAGUCAGUUACGAAUUAUUUGAAUGCAUUGGAGAGAAGUCUGAGAUCACAAAAGAACUCAAAUUAUAAAGUAAGAGAUGCGAUGGGAACUGAUAGAGAUGAACUAUUUGGAAAUGAAGCAUCCGUAAGUCAAAGCAGUUCAAACCCCAUGCAAGAUCGUCUACCAGGUGCGCCACCAGGUCUACCUGAUGAUGUCCGCCACAAAAUUACACUAAAAGAUGAUAAUGUGCUGCUGAAAAGAAACUUGGAUUCCAAGAGAGGAAGAAGUACCAAUCCGCUAGACGACAACAUUCAGAUGGCACAUUACUAUAACGAACCAUUUAUGACGCAUGAUACAACCCUGACCACCCUGUUAGGAACGCUUAUCACGAACUUCAAGAAUAGUAUAAGCCUAUUCUUCUUCCCAUCCGGUGCGCAACCACAAGACCAAACUCAGCAACUGUCUAUAAUAGAUGCUUGGUGCAUUUCUAAAAGAAGACAAGCAGAAAAACUAGUGCCUCUGCCAGUUUGCCAUGCCGAGUGUAUCGUAUCACUGAUGGGCUUAUUAAUAAAUGCUCUAGAAGAAGACCCAAAAGGUGGUGUUGUGUCUUCUGUCGGCGAAGUCCUGAAGUGCUUGGAGAGAUCUGUCGGCGCCUUAGGCAGAUUUGCGGAUUGGAAUCCGGAUAUGGUCAAGCACCCAACUGAAACGCAGGCCACCCCAGAUGCUAUCACAAUACUGUACGACCUCUCUGUCAGCUCAUUUUUAGAAAUCGUUAUAAAAUACAAUGCUCUAUUGAAUGAUUUGUAUUUGGAUGAUGAUGUUGUCAAGUUAAGUAGGUGGGUCUUGGAUAUGUGCGGACAAUAG